AUGUUUUUUUUUAGUAAAAUACUUCGCAAAAUAUUCGCAAUAAAGCACCAAGAUAAUGCAGAAAUAACGGAACGAUCAAUUAGCAUUAUAACAACCAGUGAUGAUUAUAAUAUCAAUCAAAAUAACGGUCUUGUAUUAUCAUCCAUAAAUACGCCAGACCGAACAAGCACUGGUGCACGCAGGGACUGGCGUAGUGGCUUUAAACAAAUUGAUGAACUUGUACAUGAAAUGAGAUUGGAAUAUCCUGAUCCUUCACAGCAUCUAAUUUGGAUUCCUUUUGGUGAAUUUAUGAAAUGCAAGCAGAUUAAUUGUGGCGGUUUUUCUACUAUUUAUGAAGCAACUUGGAUACCUUCUGGACAAACUGUUGCAUUGAAAUGUUUGAAAGACUCACAAGAUUUAAGUCUAGAUUUUUUAAACGAAGUUGACAAUUCACUUAAUAAUUGCAUGCGAAAAAAUAGCAAGAAAUCACAUUUUGGAAGGUUUCAUAACAAGAAAGUAACUCAUCCAGGUGCGGUGUAUCACAGUCGAUUGUUGGAUUUUACGGAAGAAAUAAAAGAAAUGCGACUUCGACAAUAUCUUUCGUUGAAUAUUCCGCAUUCAGUUUAUAACCAAGAUUUUAUGGAAGAAAUAACGCAAUCAGAAAGUGAUACAGACAAUCAAUCACAACCUUCUCAAGAUGUAACAAAUAACUUACAACCUUCACGAGAUGAUCACAAUCAUUUACCAUCACGAAAUACUUAUAACUUUACAUCAAAUACACGAAAUUCUUAUACAACAAAAUAUUUACCAAGAUCAAAGGAAUCUUAUAAUAAAAUAUCAUCACCAACCAGAGAUAUUUAUAGUUUCUUACCACCAACACCUAAACAAUAUCAUGGAUCCAACACCAUUAUAUCAAAGUCACUUGAAACUGAUCACUCAGAAAUGUUAGAUCGUCCAAGCACUAUGAGUGUAUUCAUACCGGAAGAUGACAUCCAAACAUUACAACAAUUUUGGGCAUUAAAUGGAACUAAUUCGAGUAGAACAAAUCUUUCAACUUCGAUAUGA